GCGCAGGCGCAGUGCACACCCAGACCCAAACCCGGAAGCUCCAUGUGGAUGUAAACAGCCCGCUGUAAUCUCUGCUCACAUUGAAGAAAGUUCGGUUUAGAACUCUCUCUGUGUGUCAGUUUUUGGUCAUUUGACGUGUUUGUUUGUUAGUUAAAUGUCUGCAGAAUCGCUGCUGUUCAUUUAUCUGAUAUUUUAAAGCAGAUUAAUCAGUUUGUGUUGAAGUUAAAGAUGCCAGCUCGCAGUGUUGUUUCCAACGGGAUCUCCAGCAGUAAAGUCAGAUACUCUCGGUUAAACACUGAUGAUGACGGAUACAUCGAUUUACAGGUAAUUAUUAUUAUUAUUAUUACAGCCCAGCUCAUGUUUAUAUCCAACAACUUCACCUACAACAAGAGAGUGAAGGUUAUAGUCCGUUUAAACCUUAAAAACUCUGAUUAGGAGGUGAUUCUGCACACUUUAUAUCUAAUUAUGAAUGAAUGAAUGAUUUUAUUUUGGUAUGAUAUGAUUGACAGGGAUGUAGGCAGAAGUAAUGCUUAUAAAGACUGACCCCUUAUACCAUACAUGGGUACAUUAUACAGAUAUAUUCUUCAUGUAAAUAUCAACACUUUAAUAUAUAUUUACAGAUAGAGUAAUAAACAUGCUUUACACUUUACAUUUUACAUUCAUAAUCAGACGUCAUUUUAUCUACAAUAUUGAUAUAUUGAAUACAGAUAUUUGGAGUGUAAAAACUGGAUGGUGCUUCUCCAUGUUUGGUUCUGUAUAAAAUAAUGUCGUUGAAUGCUGCCGCUGACAUAAAUAUAUGGACCAUCGUGUGAAACUGGUGCCAUGAAAGUCCACAGUAUUUGAUAAUGUGUUUAAGGCAUAAAGUGUGUUUUAUAACCAUAAAGCUGUGAAUCUAAAUCAUUCCAGAUGAUGUAUGAGAAACUUAAAUUCAAGAUGAACAUGCAGUUUUUUAACAGUCUAUAUUAUAACAUGGUCAUUUUCGCUUGGCAAUGACCAACAUGAAAUAUCACUUAUAAUAAAUUACACAUUUUUCAAAGUUUUAUCGCUGUGACGGUCAGUUUUCCAGUCUGGACCUUCCAUUUCCGGUCUGUUCAAUACCUUUCUGUGAAAACAGUCAUUGUGGUGGAAAUCCUGCUGUGGCAGAGAAAAGAGCUUCUAAUUAAAUAUUUCUGCUCCUCUGCAGUUCAAAAAGCCCCCACCCAAAGUCCCCUACAAGGCCAUAGCACUGGCCACAGUCCUCUUCGUAAUCGGCUCUCUGUUAAUCAUCAUCGGCGCCCUUCUCCUGGCUGGAUACUUUGGGGUCACUGUAAGUUAUAACAGUAUUUUAUAGUAUUUGUUUGAGUGUGUUAACUCCACUGUAUCACUAUCAUACUGAAAUGUUAACAGCUGUAAAUAACACUCAUAGAUAUCUGUUUUAAACCAAACUUUCUUCAUCCUAUGAUUUCUCUUUUUGUGUUUAUAUGCUGCUGUAAUAAGUAAUAUAUUAUCUUAUGUUGUGUUUUUUUUAGCAUUCAGACCGAACUCUGCCUGUCCUGAUCAUCGGCAUCCUGGUCUUCCUACCUGGAUUUUACCACCUGCGAAUAGCCUACUAUGCAUCAAAGGGCUACCAUGGCUACUCCUACGAUGACAUCCCAGACUUCGAUGACUGACAGUCUUCCUGCACUCAGACAAUAUCAUUUUAAUCUACUUAUUCUAACUUCCAGGCACUGAUAUCUCUGAAAAAAAGCUGCUUGAAUGGAUUCUGUGAAUUACCUUUCUCUAAAUCUAAAGGAUUUUUAUGUUACUGUCCUUACAGCUAAUGCUCAGAUAGUGGAUGCCUGCCUGCUGUAAUCAGGCCAGUUUAGCUCCAGACUUUAUUUAAUUUGUAUAUCUGCUUUGAUAGCUCGAUAAAUUCAUUAAACUAUGAUUUUAUGAUUUUUUAAAAUUUAA